AUGAUUGCGAAAAAGCCUUCAUCCAACUUCACUUCCUCAACUUCCUCCUCCACCUCGUCCUCCACCAACUCUUCCCUCAAGCCGCCCUCCCACAUCACCGAGGACUGGGACGCCGACGACGAGGACACCAUGUCCUCUGAGGAACACUCACCGUGCCCGCUGUCAGUCGCGAUACCACAAAUGGGUGCUCAUGGUCCUUACUGUCCCCGCAGACCCAACCUGCGAGAGAUCCUCGCCAACACCUCGCCGCCGCCAUGGACAUUAGCCGCAUUCAUGGCCUACCUCUCGAACAACCACUGCCUCGAAACACUGGAGUUCACCAUGGAUGCAGGCCGGUACAAGAAGCAUUUCGCAAAGAUGAUGUCGAGGGCACCUGAAGGCGGUAUCCCGCCCGCAAAAGAUCGAGAAUACGUUCAGGCAUUAUGGCAAAGGCUUGUGGAGGCGUACAUUCAACCCAAUGGCUCACGAGAAGUCAACUUGCCUUCUGAUGUGCGAGACCCUAUCAUCAACCUUCGACCUGCGACCCUGCCGCCAGCACCAGAGACGUUGGAUCCUGCCGUUGCCAAGAUUUACGAACUUAUGGAGGAGUCGGUCCUGGUCCCGUUUCUGAAUAGCGUCUAUCCGCAAACGGCACAUCCAACGAUCUCUACAUGCCCGUACGACACAUCUGACGAAAACAUAUCAUUAUCGCGAACGCUCGAAGACCGAUCCAUGUACGCGCGCCGGGCAAGAUACCACAGCCGAAAUUCGCCACCUCCACAGUCAGCGGUUGAGCCUCACGCCUACUCUUACUCACCGCCAUCGCACAUUCGGAAAUCUGCUCCCGUCCCACUCAGUGCUUCCGCUGCGUCGCCGCACAAGUCACGCUUCAGCGUGAGGUUGACGCCGACUACUUCCUCGCCAGCAGCACCCUUGUCAAAUUCGACCAUUGCGGAGACUGUCGCGACAGGGUCAGAUGCUACACUGUCCGGGACCGGAUCAGCCAAUGGUGGUCCUGGGAUGACGGACGACAGCGGAAGCACUAGCAGCCCUACGAACGACAGUCCCAUGACACCACCUAUGAGCCCUCCCAAUAGCGACACGCAGAGUCCCAAACGCGAUUCUGGCAUGUGGAAGAAACUCGGCAGGCUGAGUGGGAUGAAGGUCGGCAAGAAGAAGAGUCAUGGCGGACUUCAAACCGAGCAUGAAUGA